AUGUUCGAUGCUGGAGUACCAACCAAUGCUCCUGUUCCUGGAGAUUACAACGGUGCUUGGCGGCCACAAGUCCACUUCUCUCCUCCCAAAGAUUUCAUGAACGAUCCAAAUGGAUGUCACAGAGAUGCUAAUGGAACUUGGCAUUUAUACUAUCAAUAUAAUCCCACUGCUACCGUGGCAGGAAACCAACAUUGGGGUCAUGCUACUUCUCAAGAUCUCUUUAAUUGGGAAAACCAGCAGAUUGCCAUCUACGCUACACCAGACUCUCAGAUCUUCAGCGGAAGUGCUGUCAUUGAUGUCAACAAUACUUCAGGAUUCUUCCCAAAUCAGACCAACGGCUUAGUAGCAAUCUAUACCCUCAAUACCGCCUAUGAACAGACUCAAGAGAUUGCUUAUUCCAUUGAUGGUGGUUAUACCUUCGAGCCAUAUUCCGGAAACCCCGUCCUCGUUUCCGAGUUCCAUUCCAACCAAUUCAGAGAUCCCAAAGUCAUCUGGUAUCAAGAUCACUGGGUUAUGGUUGUAUCAUACGCCCAAGAAUUCGUCAUUGGCAUUUUUACUUCUCCGGACCUGAAGACCUGGACUCAUGGCUCAAACUUCACACAUCACGGUCUCCUUGGUCUCCAAUACGAAUGUCCCAACCUGGUAGCCAUGCCAGUCGAAGGUUCUAGUGACAUAAUGUACGUCCUCGCCAUUUCCAUCAACCCUGGAGCACCACUUGGAGGAUCCAUUACGCAAUACUUCCCAGGAACUUUCAACGGCACCCAUUUCACACCCGUUGACGGUGCUGCUCGCAUCGCUGAUUUUGGCAAAGACAACUACGCUGGACAAUUCUUCUACGGGAUCCCCGACGACGAGGAGCAAGUAUUCAUAGCAUGGGCCAGCAACUGGGAAUAUUCUCAACAAGUCCCCACAGGAGACUCCGAAGGCUGGCGAAGCUCCAUGAGCGUCCCUCGUCGAACCCGACUUGCAAACGUGACGCGCACAGGAUGGGACCUCAUCAAUGCACCCUACGACAUCUCGCCAAUCUACGACUCAGUCCUAGCCAGCAAUUCCAGCCUCGGAAAUGGUACCGUUAUGGUCGAUUAUUCUUCCCUCCAAAGCAGAGCUAUAUAUUUCCAAUGCAACCUAACCAAUAUUCCCAACGACACUUACUCCAUGGGCACAAUCAAUUUCACCUUCUCGUCUUCGUAUACCCAGGAAUCCGUUUCCGGUGGCUUCUUUCUAGGGGGCGAUAAUCCGUUCUGGAUCUCCCGGCAAAAAGUCCUAGGAUUCGGGGAAACGAACCCAUUUUUCACCGAUAAGUUCAGUGUUGGAAAUCCCAUCAACGCAAACGGGACGUUCAUGCUAGAGGGAGUGAUGGAUCGGUCUAUCCUGGAAGUUUUCCUCGAUGGAGGGAGGAAUAGUGCGACGAUGACGUUCUUCCCUGAAGGAGAGCUGGAUACGAUGGUGGUUAGGACGGCGGGGUUGAAUGAGGGGGUCGAGGUUAGUGUGGAUGUUUGGGGGUUGAAGAGUACGUGGGCGGCACAGGAGAGUGAGGAUGGGAUUGUUUAUGGGAAUGUGACGAUGGGGAGUAAUUCUACGCAGGCGAUGAGGAGGAGGUUUUUGUGA